UUUGAAUAUGUUAGAGAACAUUACACAAUCAUUUGAAGUUCUUUGUAGAGUAGCUAAUGAUUAAUAGUCUCUGAAACCAAUAGAAAAUGCAAUAAAAUGUAUGGAUUAAUACUAUGAUUGCAUCUAAUUUGUUAAAUAGGAUUACAUAAUGAAAGAGAUUCAUUUCAGAGAGUAAUUGUAAUCAAGAUUGAUUAAGCAUUCAUCAGAUAUAAAUCAUAUUUCAGUAUAUAAAGAUGAAGUAUUGUCUUGUGGAUAGGAAGUUUAUUUGUUUAAACAGAAAUAAUAGUAUCUAAUAACAAAGAGCAAUCUUCCUAUAUAUAGUGGAAUAAUUUUGUCAGAUGGCAAAGUAUUAUUAGGAGGAGAGGAGAAAGUCAUUCAUGUUUAUAAAUAAAUAAAUAAUCAAUAUAUUGAGACAACUUAAUUAAGAGGAUUUAGUAGAGCAAUAAGUUGUAUAAUGAAAUCCUAGAAUGAAGACUAUGUAGGUGUAAGUAGUUUAGAUGGUAGAAUAACAUUGUAUGAAAGUGAGAGUCUCAAUAAGAUGGGAGCAUGGAUGAAUGUUUUGGGAUCCUUGUAUAGUUUAUCCUUUAGUGUAGAUAAUAAUUACUUAGUAGCAGGAAGUAAGAAAGGAAUAGCAAUAUGGGAAAUUAAGAAGACUUACAAUAAUAACAAUCCAGCUGAAUUACUUCAAACAUUAAUUACAAAAAAGAAAGUCAGAUCUGUUUCUUUUUCAAGAAAAUAAAAGUUGUUAGCUGCCACUCAUAAGAAAGAGAUACUGAUGUAUCAUUAUUACAAAGAAGAUUUUAAAAUCUAUCAAAAAUUACUUCAUCAUAAUGAAAUAGUUAAUUGUGUUUCUUUUGGGAGAGACAUACUAGUUUCUGGAAGUGAUGAUGCAACUAUAUGUUUAUGGUCAUGUAGUAUCAAAGGAUUUUGGAUUUGUUAUUAAGUUGUAUAAAUGAAUUGUUGCAUUAAUUCUAUUGCACUCAACUCAAAAUAAACAGAUAUAUAUUUCGAUUGUUAUGAUACGGUUAUUCAUUAUUAUUAAAUUUGA